AUGCCACAUCGGGUGUACCGUCAGUUUGGUUUGUUCAUGCCACACCCACCGGAGUUUGAGGACACGGAUAUAGUGCUACACGCGUUGGAUAGGAAAAAGCAGCAGAAGAUCAAGGAUUGGGCCAAGCAUCACAACAAGUAUGUCAUACAGUGGGCGCUUGCUGUGGAGCAAGCUAGGGCUGGAAAACGAGCCCAGCUUCGUGAGCACUGCCCGAUUGCGUUCAACAACUAUAUCACAUGGUUUCUAGGCGUCACCCGUGUGGAGAUAUGCAAGCCGGCGUAUGAUGAUAAGAUUUUGGAAGAACCCACCGUCUUUGAUGAGGUAGCCCAGCACCAGUACAAUGCAUUAGUCAGGAAAGGCAACUCAGUGAUCCCUGCGGGGCCAAUGAUGAACUUUGUGCAUGCCCAGAUCAAGAAAGCAGCUGAUGAGACCGACACUAUUCUGGAAACAACCACGGAUGGCAAAAGCGAUGGGGAAGGUGCACUUCGAGCAUUCAUUAAGCGCCAGGGCCAAAAGUUAAGGCGGCUGUCAAACCUUUUCGGUUGUCGUAACCUCGAGUAUGUAUCACCAGAACGUUCUAGGUCGGCGACACCAUCAGAUCCAACUUCUGGCCAUGCUAAUCCUUUGGACGAUGAGGAUGUGGGUGUGGUCACCCAAGAUGUGGGUGUGCUCACCCAAGAGGUUCCUGAUGAUAUGACCUUGGGGACCUACAAGGUUCGGUCUGCAUACGAGUUAAAGCCUAGGAAGGGAAUCACGAAAUACACACCUGAGGACUUCACCCAAAGAGGCAAAAGGACGGUCGGCACCUCGCGGAUGGCGGCUUUGGACGACUAUUUGGAUGACGAUGUGGAUGACGAUGUGGAUGACGUGGAGGAACCGGAUCCAGAGCCGGAGCGGGUUCGUCUUCCUAGGAAGGUGAAGAAGAUACCCUCCAAGAGAGGGGGAGGAGCCAGCAAGCGUGAAAGGAACUAGUCGUCGUUCUCUUUUAGUAAUGGUAGUAAUGGUAGCUAUGUUGGUGGUAAUGUCGAACUUGUCGUGAUGGUCAUUGUAUGUGUUGAACUCUAUGUUGG